AUGGAUCUGGUUCUCGAUCUAAUUCAGAAAACUUUAGUUCAAAUUUUGAAUUCCAGUAAUCCUGUGGAUCCUCCGUCUUUGUUUAUACCUGAUGAUGUUAUUGAAGAAAGUUUAAGCGAAUGGAGAUUUAGUUUGAUUAGUAGACUCGAUUUUUUCAAGAUGAAGAUGGAAGUUCCAGCUACUUCUCUGAGAAAACAAUGGGCUAUUAAAGGUACUCUACAAUUUAUCCCUUUAGGUAAAGGAUUUUUUAUCAUCAAAUUAGAUAAUGAAGUUGAUAGAAAUAUUAUUUGGAAGGAUCUUUGGAUGGUUGAAUCUCAAACUUUGAAACUCAGGGCAUGGGAACCUAACUUUAAUCCAGAGACACAGAAAACUUCUUCUACUUUUGUAUGGGUAUCUUUCCCAGGUUUGAGUAUAGAAUACUGGAAGGAAAGUAUUAUUCUCCAAAUGGGAAGUAAAUUAGGCAGAGCAAUCAAAGUAGAUGAAAUCACAUUAAAAAGAGAGAUUGGGUAUUAUGCAAGUGUUUUAGGUGAAAUUGACUUAACAAAGUAUAUUCCAAGCAAAGUGAUUGUUGAAUCCAAGUAUGGAAAAUUUGAACAUGUUAUUCAACUCUCAAAGAUGCCAAAAUUCUGCCACCACUGUAAGAUUGUAGGUCAUUUAACAGCUGAAUGCAGAGCAAAAACAUCUUAA